ACAACAACAACACACAGCAGACAGAAGAGCAGCAGAAGAAGGCAGCAAGAUGGCGUGAAGACGCUGAGAACCUGCCGCAGGGACUUUUACAUGAGAAACAAAUAUCUGUAUCGCCCUAGUUCGGCAACGAUUGCUUGAGGACUGGUUCGCUGACUGCUUAGUUUCGGUCAUGUGAUUGUGAUAAAGGCACGUCUGACGCGUGUCCCGAGGUUACAGCGUCAUUUCAGUAGCCACAACUCUCUCUCCCUGUCCCUGUCAUUGCCAUGGGGGACGCCACUGAUGGCGAUGAAGGAGCCUUAGAUCCUAGAAUUCAGAUUGAGCUGGAGAACCUCAACACUGCCACAGAUGAAAUCAAUCGUCUAGAGAUUGCGCUUGAUGAGGCCAACACUACAUUCAGAAUUUUGCUCAAUGAUUGUACGAGGCGUUUGAAAAACAAGUCCAAGAGCUUGGGCAGCUGUGUUGAGAAGGCACGUCCGUACUAUGAAUCGCUAGACAUAGCAAGGCAGGCGCAGAUGGAAUGCCAGAGAGCUGCAGUUAAUUACCAACGAGCUAAUGAGAUCCAUGCAGCCGCUAAAGAAACUGUUGCUCUUGCGGAGCAACGAUUUCUCAGUAAACAACAUGAGUGGCAAUUUGAUAAUGCGUGGCAGGAGAUGCUAAAUCAUGCAACAAUUAAGGUGAGGGAUGCGGAAACUAAAAAGGCUGAAAGUGGGAGAGAACAUCACCAAAGAGCAAUGCUGUUUCAUGCUGCUGAACAGAAGGUGCAGCAGCUUGAACAACGAUUCCAUCGCCAGAUUAUCAAGUCAAGACCUUAUUUUGAGGAGAAAUCUCUUUGUAAUGAACAACUAGCGAGCCAAAAGGAGAGAGUGGAAGUUUUACAGACACAAGUGGCAGCUGUGAAGGGCGCUUAUGCAGCAUCUCUGAAAGAACUGGAAAGAAUUUCUGAAGAGAUCCACUGCAAGCGGAAUAAAAACAAGCAAACGGAAAGUGAGCAAGAACCGCCCUGUGGACCAAGGGAACCAGGUGUCGGAGCAGAGUUGGAACCAGUCUUCUGUGAAUCUUCUGUGCCAACUGAUGCCAUUGCUAAUGAACCUCAGCAGAAUGCUGAAAAGCCACCAGAACCUCUUCCAAUUGUAAACCCUGCUGAAGUGCAGAAGGAAUCAGCCCCUCAACUCAAAAGCUUACCACCAUCACCAACUAAAACUUCCUCUCCUACUCCACAUUCUCCUGCUUCAAGGCCUAAUCUUACAGCCCUACCUCUAUUAGACAAUUUAACACACCUUAAAAAUACUAUUGAAACCCCAUUGAGUAAUGCUAUGCUCUGUUUACCUGGCUCCUCUGACAUUUUUAAGAAUAGCCAUGUUUUGGAAGAUGACUUUGGAAAAGUUGCAAAAUCAUCAACAGAUAGUGAGGAAGCGUACAAUCAUGUACUUUUGAAUCACUUGAUGGAAAAUUAUGAAUCUGAACUGGAUCGAUGUGAUAUGAAUAGCUUGAGUGGCAUGUCUGCUGCCACUGGAUCAUCAGCUGUGAGUGAGAAGGAUGAAACAGAAUACUACCUUGAUGAGGAGCUAGAAGAUCUCAGGGAGCAACUACGUGAAAUUUCAUUGUGUCCCUCUGCCGAUUCUUCAAGGAAUGUUUUAGCGGUCAACAAAGCAUCCAGCUUACCUGGUAGCAAUAAACACUCUGUGCCUCAAAGCCCAGUCAAGAACCCACUCCCCUCAGAGACUGUUUUACCAAGUUCGAAGAGCUGCAGCAACAUAGUGAGCAAUGCAGUGGAGUCUCUCUCAUUGCAGUAAGCUGUAAAAUAAUUUUUCUUUAUCUAGUAACAUGUUGCUUGUGAUCUGACAACCACCAUGUAAGGUGACUUAUAGUGAACGUUUGAUUGAUAGUUCUGUCUCAGACUACAUGUUAUUAGUGCUUACCCACCGACUCUGCUGUCUUCAGUGUAUUAUCAUGCCAUUCCUGUUGCCAUGACUGAGACCUGUGAUAAAAUCUGUAACUACAUAAUACAUACCGGUAUAUGAUUGUGGUGGUCAAAAUUUUAAAAGGAAGUAGCCUUUUUUCAGCUAAGGGUCUACCAGGGGUGACUUUCUCUAUAUAAAUAUAUGUAUAUUAACAGCACCAAUCAUUUUUGUAAGUGGUUAGAGGAUUUUUCACUUAAACAUUUGUGCUGAAACUGUAGCAUAUUUUGUAAGUGUUCUAAAAUUUUGGUUGUGCUUCUUGACCAGCAUCUUAUCUUUAAGAUCUGCUCCUAAAGUGACAUUCUUUGUUCUUUUUUCUUUUUUCUUACCCAGUUUUUCUUUGCAUUGUGUUUGUUAACAUUGCAAUCUUGGGCUUUCUUCCUUGCCAUUCAUAACUAUUUAUUUUUAUGAUGUAAUGUUGUAUGUUGUUCCAUGUAAACUAGAGUACAAAUGUGGGUCAAAAGAUUUCUUUUCAGAAGCUUUCCUUUAGAAGUUAAGUGUGUGUGCACUAACUAAUUACAAGAGAUACUUUUGGUGUAGAUCUUCAAACAUUGACAUUGAAGUGUGUGACUGUUUUCCUCACACAUUGCUACUCUCCUUGACCCAUCACCUUUAAAGACUUCUUACUAUAUUUUAAAAUUUCUUUGAAUUUUGACAGAAUACCUUACUAUUUAAUUUAGAAUGAAAUUGGCAUCUUGGUGAUUGCUCUUGUUGUUGUCAAAUUUUUGACUUAAUCUUUCUGUUCCUGUAGGUCCUGCCAAGAAUCCUUUGUGUUUUAAUUUAAUAGUCUCUUUAAUUAAUUAUUAACACAGUAACAUCAAAUGAAGACAGUUUUGCUCCUAAGAAUUUAGUUUUCAGAUGUGAUGAAUUUUUGCUUUUUAUUCUGUUUAUGAUUUAACGAACUGAUAUUUGACUACCACCUCUCUAGAGGAAAAAUCUUUUAUGCAGAAUUGUGAUCUUUAUAAUAAUAAUGUAUGGUAUGAUUUAAUGUCACAUCUUGAGCCUACAUUAUUUUUGUCUUGUGUUGUGUUUUUUGUGAUUUUUAUGAAAUUCUACCAACUACGUACUAUAACUACAUUGUUCUAUACUUCCUUUGUGGCGCUGAAUCAAAUUGCAUGAACUGUGAGGUGCCCAGGCGUGUGAUGCAUGUAUUUGUGUGGACGUGUGCAUGGAAAAAAGAAGAGACACAAUGUGAUAGCAUUUUGAAUGUGGUUGUGAGUUUGUUACAUCAGAAGAAACUAUUUUUCUUUGCUCUCCCAUUUGAGGAAGCAAUUAAAUCUUUUGAGUUUGCAGCAGAAGAUUUCUUUGAUUGAUGUUUUGCAUACUGAUAAGCAGAAGGCGAUCAUUUUUGUAGUUAUUUUGUUUUGAUGAAAUUUACUAGUGCUGCAGAAACUGCUGCUAAUUUCAUAGGCAAUAUGAAAUCUGACGGAUUCACUGAACUAGGCAUCUAUGUAUUACUGCUGUGAAGAAUUUAAUAGGAUUUUAUAAGCUUUUGUUUAUUGAACGUGCUCCUUGUCCAUUUAAUGUUUUGUGGAGAAAGUAAAAGUAAUUAUAAUGAACAAAUCUAUAGUAGUUGUUGACUUUAUGGACUUCGUAACUGGUGAUUGAUUGGCUCGAGUUUUCAGAGCCAGUUGUGCCAUUAGAAUGUGAUACUGCAAUAACAGUAUGAUUGAUGUGUGAAAUUGUUAUGAAAUUUUCAAAAGUUAAAAUAAUUAUAUUUGUAAACAUUUAUUGAGUUUAUUUCGAUCUAUUAAGUGUUGGUCCUAAAUGUAAACUCUUCUUUCAUUAGAGGAGGAACAUGCUCAAUCUAUACUGUUUUGAAUGUAGAAACUCCUGCAGACAUUACUACUGUUAUAGCUUUAAUAUUUUAUGUUUUGUAAGGAAUAUUUGUGAGUGGUGACAUGCUGGUGUUGCUUAACAAGUGAUGAGAUUUGUAUUGUGAGAAGUAUUUUAGACAUUGUUGAUGGAUGGAUAUGAUGGGCUGCUGCAGGCAGCCUGAUGACAUUUCUGCUUUAAUCUUUAUAAAAGUAAAUUUAUCAAUAAUAAAUGCUUUUGAAAGAC